AUGUUGAUUAUCGUUGGUGGCAGUGCUGGCAGUGGUAAAUCUACAGUCGGUCAGGAACUUGCGAACUACUUGAACUGCUCAUUCAUUGAUGCGGACGAUUUGCAUCCCGCGGCGAAUAUCGAAAAAAUGUCGCACGGCAUCCCUCUGACAGAUGAUGACCGCUGGGGUUGGCUCGAGGUAGUUGGUCGCAAGGGUGGUGAUGCAGCAGCUCGAUCCGGCACUGCAGUGGUAGCUUGCUCAGCGCUCUCCAAGGCCCACCGCGAUAAAAUCCGUGCCAGUUGCGCUGUUCCGGUACUUAUAGUGAUGCUAAACAUCAGCCGGCCCGAGUUGGAACGACGGAUAAGCUCUCGCAAAAACCAUUUCAUGAAAGCAGAUAUGCUCGACAGUCAACUAGCGACUCUGCAAUUGCCAGACGAAACGGAAAAUGCCAUCGUUGUUGACGAACACGUGUCGCUAGAGAACAUUGAAGAUAAAGUUAAGCAGAAAAUAUAA